CUUUCUUAAUCAUCACUGAAUCAUCAAGGAUCAUAUCUUACCAUAAACAUUGGUCGGAGGGUGCUCCUUCUACUCAUGACCGCCGGUAGCUACGGCCCUAGUAAGGGUCGACUUAGGCCUCAAAUGGCCAUUGCAUUGGCCAUUGUUCUUGUUUCCUUCAAUGUAGCAUCCGUCGCUGCUGAUGCUUACACUCAUUCACCACCUCCGCCACCACCGUAUGUCUACAGCUCUCCACCGCCUCCUUCACCGUCACCUCCACCUCCUUAUGAGUACAAGGAUCCACAUUAUCAAUACAAGUCUCCUCCACCACCUUCUCCCUCACCUCCGCCACCAUAUUACUACAAAUCUCCUCCACCACCUUCCCCAUCUCCUCCACCACCAUACUACUACAAAUCUCCCCCUCCCCCAGACCCAUCCCCUCCACCCCCAUACUACUACAAGUCUCCUCCACCACCCUCUCCCUCUCCUCCACCUCCUUACUACUAUAAAUCUCCCCCACCACCCUCUCCCUCACCUCCACCACCUUACUACUAUAAGUCACCACCACCACCACCAUAUCAACACAAGGAUCCGUAUUACCAAUACAAAUCUCCUCCUCCACCCUCUCCUUCACCUCCACCACCUUACUACUACAAAUCCCCACCACCACCUUCACCGUCGCCACCCCCACCAUACUACUACAAGUCCCCUCCCCCACCUAAAAAAUCACCACCAUAUGAUCCUUACUACUACAAGUCCCCACCACCACCUUCACCGUCACCACCCCCACCAUACUACUAUAAGUCCCCUCCCCCACCUAAAAAGUCUCCACCCUAUGAUCCUUACUACUACAAGUCCCCACCACCUCCUUCACCGUCACCACCCCCACCAUACUACUACAAGUCUCCUCCCCCACCUAAAAAGUCUCCACCCUAUGAUCCUUACUACUACAAGUCCCCACCACCUCCUUCACCGUCACCACCCCCACCAUACUACUACAAGUCUCCUCCCCCACCUGAAAAGUCACCACCCCAUGAUCCUUACUACUACAAGUCUCCUCCACCUCCUUCACCAUACCCUCCACACGUGCCUUACUACUACAAAUCUCCUCCUCCACCGUCUCCUAAGCCUUACUACUACAAGUCUCCACCUCCACCAUCUCCCAAGCCUUACUACUCUCCCCCGGUUGCAUAUCCUCACCCUCACCCGUAUCACCACUCAUUGAUCGUUAAGGUUGUCGGUAAAGUCUAUUGUUACAGAUGCUAUGACUGGAAAUACCCUCAGAAAUCGCACAACAAGAAAGCCCUCGAAGGUGCCACGGUCGAAGUGACCUGUGAAGUUGGUAGCAAGACCAUAACAGCUUACGGUAAAACUAAGAACAACGGAAAAUACAGCGUCACUGUUGACGGAUUUGACUAUGUUAAAUAUGGAAGCACAGUCUGCAAGGCCAAACUCCAUGCUCCUCCUAAGGGCUCACGUUGCAACAUACCCACCAAGCUUAACGAGGGAACCAAGUUGGAGUUGAAGUCAAAGGAUAAGUACGAAGUUGUUCUGAAGGCUAAGCCAUUUGCUUAUGCUCCAGAAAAACCAUAUGAUUGUGAGAAACACAAGCAUUCACACAAACCAUACUACUACAACUCUCCCCCUCCACCUUCACCCUCACACUCAUACCCUCCUUAUUACUAUAAGUCACCACCACCACCUCCACCAUCAUACUACUACAAAUCACCACCUCCACCAUCAUACUACUACAAAUCUCCACCUCCUCCCACUAAGGAUCCAUAUUAUCCUCCUUACUACUACAAGAGCCCACCUCCACCAUCACCAUCACCACCUCCACCCUACUAUUAUAAAUCUCCACCUCCUCCUCCCAAGGAUCCAUACUAUCCUCCUUACUACUACAAGAGCCCACCUCCACCAUCACCAUCUCCACCACCACCCUACUACUAUAAAUCUCCACCUCCUCCUCCCAAGGAUCCAUAUUAUCCUCCUUACUACUACAAGAGCCCUCCUCCACCCUCACCAUCCCCUCCUCCACCUUACUAUUACAAAUCACCUCCACCACCAUCUCCAUCACCACCACCUCCCUACUACUACAAAUCACCUCCUCCACCAGAUCCAUCACCACCUCCUGCAUACUACUACAAGUCUCCUCCCCCACCAUCCCCAUCACCACCACCUCCUUACUACUACAAGUCUCCUCCACCACCAUCUCCAUCACCACCACCACCCUACUACUACAAGUCACCUCCACCACCAGAUCCGUCACCACCACCUCCCUACUAUUACAAGUCACCUCCUCCACCAUCCCCCUCACCACCACCUCCAUAUUACUACAAGUCACCUCCACCACCAUCCCCAUCGCCACCACCUCCCUACUACUACAAAUCACCUCCACCACCAGAUCCUUCACCGCCACCUCCUUACUAUUACAAGUCACCACCACCACCAUCUCCUUCACCACCGCCACCCUACUACUACAAGUCACCUCCACCUCCAUCACCUUCUCCACCCCCUCCUUAUUACUACAAGAGUCCUCCUCCACCAUCUCCCGAUCCUCAUACUCCCUACUAUUACAAAUCUCCUCCACCACCCAUCUACCAUUAAGCUUCGAAUUAAGCAAAAUUGACUACAAGUCAUGUUAUAGUAUUCAUUGUGGAAUAAAGUCAAGUUCCAUUUGGAGCAGAGUUAAGCAUCUAAUUUGUUGUACAAGUUCUUUGAAUAAGGAUCUGAAUGUAUCAUCUCUAAGUUACAAUCUUCACGAUUCGGACGAGGCUGCUUCCAUCUAUUUGGUUGUCAUCUUGCAUGUUUUGUUCUUACUAAGUUCAAGAAGCGACAAAUGAAAAUGAGCCAAGAUUCGAAAUCUUGAUCCUAAUGGAGGCUACUCUUAGAAAUCUCUUUCAUUUGUUUCUUUGUAGAUUAUCUAUCUAUCUAUAUAUAUAUAUAUAUAUAUAUAUAUUUGAUCGUGUAAUGAUUGCAUUCAAAUUAAUGUGAAAUUCUUUUGAUUAUA